AUGUCCAUCAUUCCGCUGUUCCUGAUACUCUUCUGUAGUACCGCGUUAGCUGCGGAAGCAGAGGAAUCGAAACAUGAAAAGCGAGGGAUCAUCGAUACCGGUGGAUGGGUUGGAAUACCGAAUCCACACUCGUACGGUCAUGGUCAUCCUUGGAUAGGUGGUCCAUUGAAGAGUUUCAAGUUCCCGGGUUUUGAUUUAGCUCCUCAUGGAUUAUACGGGGGGUUGCCGUACGGUAGAGGACCAGCAAUUGCCUUGCCAAUCGGAAGAGACGUAGUGAAACCAGUGCCGGUGUACAUAACUAAACACGUAGUCGUGGAGAAGCCAGUUCCGGUCCCAGAGCCCGUUUAUAUCGAAAAACCGUAUCACGUGCCAGUGGAGAAGGUGAUCCAUGUUCCAAUCGAGAAGAUCAUUCAUAAAGCGUUCCCGGUUCCUGUACCAGUACCUGAGGCAGUUCCGAUACCGGUGGAGCGCCCAGUACCGGUGCCGGUGAAACACCCCGUAGCAGUACCUGUCCAGCAGCCAUAUCCGGUACCGGUGAAGCAAGCGUUUCCGGUACCAGUACCCGUUCCAUUUCCGGUGGCGGUGCCUCCGCCGAUCUCCAUCUACGGUCCAGGAGCUUACUACGGUCGAGGGUACGGCGGGGGUCAUAUCUACCCGGCGAUACAUGGUCCACCGAUCAUUCAUGGAUAUGGUCAUGGAUACGGCCAUGGAUUUGGUCAUGGGUAUGGUCACGGAUUUGGUCAUGGAUUUGGCCACGACUUUGGUCAUGGACAUGGUUACGCCCAUGGUUAUGGGUACCCAGCAGGUCCGUACAUACAUGAUAUUGGGCAUGGACAUGGUCAUGGACACGAUCAUAAGAAACGAAGUAAAGAUGCAGAAGAUCGUUCUUGAAGAUGCUUUGCAGUUGUCCAAAGCUAGACUGUAAUGUUGUUACCGUUUGAAAUUACGAGUCUAGUUAGAUAUGUAUUAAUUGAUUGUGAAAGUUUGUAUGAAACAGUUGAAGGCAGAGACUUAGGCGUGCGA